AUGCCUUCCUACGGCCAUCAACCUGGUGGGCUAGCCUUGCCAGGCUGGUUUCUCUUCCUCCGCAUUGCCCAGGGUGCCCUCGCCCUCUUGAUCCUCAUUUUGACUGCAGUCGCCGCGUCGAAGUUCCUCGGUGGCGUUGAUGUUCAAUAUUUGGUUGAUCCGUAUCCAGGUUUUGGGUUCGCUUGGUUCGCUUUCGCGUGGACUGUCGUCUACCUCCCCAUCGCCGUCUUCGUGCUCCCCAAGAUUGCCGCCAAAUUCAAGCCCAUGAUCAUCGUCCUGGUGCUCGAGCUCCUUAGCACCCUCUGGUGGCUGGUCACUUUCGCCCUCCUGGCGGACGACAGCAGAAAAUUGGGCCUGUGGAUCAACGAGCUUGGUAUCGGAAGUUACUGGGACGGCUAUAAGCCUGCACUGGGGAUGACCCAGGCGAGCGCCGUAAUUGGGGCUGUGGAAUUUGUUCUUUUCGCGGUUGCAUCAGCGGUGAUUAUCAUCAACAUGGUGAACAAGCACAAAGAUACCCAAUUCAAUGCUCCCACUGUGAAUGUCCAAGAAUGGACCCCACAGGUACAACCACCACAUGGCACAGAGCUGGCUGCUACUCGAUAUCCUUAA